AUGACGAAUCAACCAGGGCCAACACCUUCUCCUCCGCCUUCCGGCUCCACCGCGAGCUCGUCAUCCUCGACACAGCUCUGCACCCUCCGCGUACAGGUGCUUUCCGCCAGGAACCUCGCUGCCAAGGAUCGCAAUGGCAAAUCGGAUCCCUUUGUCGUCGUCAGCUUACCCGGCUCAGCUGCCUCUUCUCACCAUGCUGCUGCGAACAACACUCAUACCACGGUCAAACCAAAGACGCUCGACCCCGUGUGGAAACCAGACGAAGCCACCUUCGAGUUUCCCGUGGUGCCAGAUUGGUUUGGCCCGCACUUUGCAGCUGUAGCCAGUGAAGAGAUCGACUCGGAUGUCGUACGCGCCGCCAUUCAGCAUGCGGUUUCCGAUGCUCACCAAGCUGCUGGACGAGGUGCCGGUGCUGCUACGGCUGCCUCUGCUACUUCCCCCAGCGCUGCCGCAACCAAAACUCGCCCUCGCCUUGGACUGCGCUCGGCUUCCACCAAGAAAUUAUCGGGCGCUGCGUCCAAGAUCCUCGUGGCCCCCGUCAAGCUCGGUGCUGCAGGUGCUCGUGUUGUGGGCAGGCAAAUGCCACGACCCAUGCUCCUACGUCGACGAGUACGUGGCUCCUCUUCCUCCCUCGCGACCGAGUCGCUCUCCAACUCGACUCCUGCUCUCCCAGACUCGUCCAAAGCACCACGUGGAUCAAUCCAGCUCGAUGCCUCCAACGGCAUGGUCUCGUCGCUCGAAUUCGUCAUCUGGGACAAAGAUCGCUUCUCUGGGAACGACUACAUGGGCGAGUGUUCGCUUCCCGUCACCUCGUGGUGCAGGGAUGGCUUGGCCGAAUGGUCCAACGCGCAGCCGCUCUGGUUGCCUGUCGAGUCGUCGCAUUCAGAUACAAAGAUCAGCGGCGAGCUGCAGGUCAAGGUCGGCUUUGUGCCUGCUUCCAAGCCUACUUCGGCAACUGCCAGUGGCCCACAAUCUUGGAGCGUCGACGAGGUCUACAACCGUCUGGUCUUGGCUGCGCUCGGCACGCAGGGUGCUGCUGUACGAGCGGUCCCUGCCUCUCAAUCCGUGGGAACUACCGCUGCUGCAGAAGCCUUUGUUGACGAUGGUCUGAGCAGCGAUGACGACGAAGAAUCAGAUGACGACGACGACGAUGAAGACGAUGAAGAUGACGAUGACGAUGACGAUGACGAUGACGAUGAAGAUGACGACGAGGGAGAACAUGAAGCCAACCUUGCUUUCUCCGAAGGCGAGCCCAGUGAUCUCAACGACGCGAUCGAAUUCGAGACAGAUGAUGAAGGCGUCUACGAUCAGCACUACCAGACCAUCGCUGCCACUUCUGCCUCGUCCGCCCAGAUUGCCACAGCACCCACCACCGCCCAGUCAACGACCCUGCUCACUCCGCCCCUUCCGCAGUCUCAGGUCGGCAGCGGCGCCGGCAGAUAUCGACGCAUCUUUUCCCGCAACAAGAGUGCAAAAUCGAUUGCAAAUUCAGGGGCGGCUACGCCCAUCGAUGCUGCCUCUGCUUCCGACUUUGAUCCAUCCCGCAUCACCACGCCCAUCGAGCCUGCCUCAGCCACCGGUGCCAAACCACGCAGCAAACGACGCCUACCUGGCGUAAAGCGCCUCAGGUCCAGCGCGACUCUACCGCCUUCUGCCGUUGAAGGAGGGCUUGCGCCGUCGGAAGCAGCUCCUCGUCGCACCACAAAACGACGCGGCGGUGUUGCUAAACGCAAUCGUAAUCGACGCAAUCGAGGCGAGUUCGCCUUUAAAGCAGAGAUGGGCAUGGACAUUAUCGGCAUUGUCAUGAUGGAGGUCAAAGGCGCUUCUGAUUUGCCUCGCUGGUCCAACAUGACGCAUACCGGCUUCGACAUGGACCCCUUUGCCAUCAUCAGCUUCGGUCAGAAGAUCUUCCGCACGCGUGUAGCCCGUCACACCCUCAACCCUACCUGGAACGAGAAGCUGCUCUUCCACGUCCGUCGACACGAGACCAACUUUCAAACAAAGUUUAUGAUCUACGAUUGGGAUCGCAUGUCGUCCAACGACUAUGUUGGCGGCGCUCAGAUUUCUAUUGCGGAUCUGUUGGAUGCUGCGCCGAAGCCCGACCCACAGACGGGCUUGUACAAGACGGGUGAUGAGGGAAUCCCUGGGUCGAUGAAGCAGUUUGUCCUGCCGCUGUCUCGAGUCGAAAAGGACGAAGAGGUCAAAUUCAAGAAUACGAACAAGCCACCUGCGUUGACCAUCCAGGCCAAGUUCACUCCUUACGACGCACUUCGUCAGCGAUUCUGGCGUCAGCUCGCUCAGCAAUUUGACUCGAACGACAGCGGCACCUUGUCGCGUCUCGAGCUCGCCAGCAUGCUCGACAGUCUCGGCAGUACGCUGAGCACCAAGACGCUCGACAGCUUCUUCCUGGAGGUCAACAAGAACCCGGAAGAGGACGAGCUGACGUUUGAAGAAACCAUUGUGGCAUUGGAGGCAGAAGUGCAAAAGCCGUGGGAUCUCAAGCGCAAAGCGCCUCGCACGUCGAGUUUCAACAGCAGUGGGGCACAGACACCAUUGCUUCUGGGAGGUGUCGGGGACAUCGGGUCUGACGUGAAUCAGGAUAUGGAUUUCAGUGGUGCUGAUGCUCCUACGACUGCUCGCGCGGCUGGAGGGGAUUCCUUCGGAUCGACGACCGAACCUGUCGUGCUACCGCCCGCCGCUACUUCUGCAGGAGGUGCCAAUGGUAGCGAUGACGGAGUUCUGCCAGGAGCCGUCAUGACCAACUCGGGCGGAAUGAUGCGUUCGCUCGAUCACAACUUCUCGGCUUUGUCCAUGGCGUCGUCCACCGACUCGUCCUCUAAUGCUGGCGGGCUAGCGGCAACUGAUUCGAAUUCGAACGGCGGCAACCGUGGUGCUGCUUCCGCCAAACCACGCAGCGCAUCGGGUUCGAGCUCCGGAAUGCUCUCCACCUCGCCCACGCCUCCUUUGAUCAACGUCGAAGGCGAAAGCGACGCCUACGACGACCCCACCACCACUACCACCGGCGGCGCCGGCAAAAGCGCAAGCGUGCCCGAACGCGUAGUGCGCUUGCAAUCGUGUCCUCUGUGCCACAUGCCGCGGCUCUCGAAAAAGGGCGAGAUGGACAUCAUCACGCACCUCGCCGUGUGUGCCUCGCAAGAUUGGCGGCGCGUCGACAGCCUGGCUGUGCGCAACUAUGUCACUGCGAGCCAAGCACACCGGAAAUGGUAUACAAAGGUGGUGAAUAAGAUCAGCCAGGGCAACUACUCGCUGGGGGCUAACAGUGCCAACAUUAUCGUGCAGGACCGUCUAACGGGCGAGCUGAUGGAGGAGAAGAUGCAGGUGUAUGUGCGACUGGGGAUCCGGCUGCUGUACAAGGGCGCGCGGUCGAGGAUGGAGGGCGCACGCGUGAAGAAGAUGUUGAAGAACAUGAGUGUCAAGCAGGGCGUCAAAUUUGACAGUCCCGCGAGCGCGAGGGAGAUUGCGACGUUCAUCGCGUUUCACAAUCUGAACGUCGACGAGAUCGCGGAGCCGGUGGAGAGCUUCAGGACGUUUAACGAGUUUUUCUAUAGGAAGUUGAAGGCGGAUGCGCGGCCGAACGAGGAGCCUGACAACCCGCGCAGGUUGGUCAGUGGUGCGGAUUGCCGGAUGAUGGCGUUUGAAACGGUGGACGAGGCGACGCGCGUUUGGAUCAAGGGGAGGGACUUCAGCGUAGCGCGGUUGCUGGGGGACGCUGCGAGCUCGGUGACAAAUUUAGAAUCGUACACCAACGGUGGAGCACUGGCGAUCUUCAGACUGGCACCACAGGACUACCACCGCUUCCACUGCCCCGCCGACGCUGUCAUGGGUAAGUGCACGUGGGUCACAGGCCAAUACUACACGGUUAACCCGAUGGCCAUCCGCUCGGCUAUCGACGUAUACGGCGAGAACAUCCGCGUCGUUGUGCCCUUCCACAGCGAGCAUUUCGGCACGUUCUAUGCGGUCUGCAUCGGCGCCAUGAUGGUCGGCUCCACCGUGUUGACCGUCAAGGAGGGCGAGAGGGUCAAACGGGGCCAGGAGUUUGGGUACUUCAAGUUCGGUGGCAGCACGAUUGUGUUGGUGUUCGAGAAGGGCAGGGUGGUCUGGGACAAAGAUUUGGUGGAUAAUGGGCGCGCGGCGAUCGAGACGUUGGUGAGAGUGGGGAUGGGCGUGGGUAGGGCGACCACGGCAGCGGAGCACAGUGGUGCAACAGUGGAGGGGGAGGGGCCAGAGGAGGGGGCGUGA